CUCACAUAUGUUUGCAAAAGGGAGCUGCAGUUGAAAAGGCAUGGCAUUUCCCGAAAAUCUUUGUCUAUUUUUUAACGUCAUUUUCUGAUCAACUUGCCCAUCGCAUCACUUGAAGCCCGGAACAUCAAGCUGCAUCGUUCGAAGAUGACGAACGUUGACUUUCAGUUGCCAUCGCUAGAGGAUAGAUGGACACAUUGCAAAGCGCAAGAUGACCAGAAGACAUCUCUCAUUUCGGAUUUAUUCAUCCACGUCAAAGAACUCACCGACAAGCUGUCCGAGGCUGAGUCAGAGCUCAAAAACAAGAACUUGCUUGUCAGAUCGAUGUGUGACACCGUCAACAGUCACAAGGAGCAAGUUGAUCUGUUGCAAACGGCGAAGGACAAACAUUGUUUUGCUUUGGUUCUGAUUGAUGGCGAUUGCAUGUCGUUCAUGGACGACCUCAUCGAGCAAGGCUUAGAGGGAGGCAAGCAAGCAAUAAGAUCUCUUAGACAGGCAGUAGCCUCAGAGUUGAAGUCUGUUGAUCCCUCUCUACCCCAUCACCUGCAAUUGGUCGUUCGUGUCUUCGCCAAUAUAAAGGGUCUAGCGAAGACUUACACAGAAAUGGGCAUAAUUCGUGAUCCGAGUGUCCUGUAUGAGUUUGUCAGAGGCUUCAACAUGACGAAUGCGAUGUGCGAAUAUGUGGAUGCGGGAAAUGGUAAAGAGUGCGCAGACGAGAAGAUGAAAGGAAACUUUGAGUUUGGCGUAGCCGACGUACAUUGCCGGCAUGUUUUGUUCGGUGCCUCGGCGGAUAGCGGAUACGCCCGUCUUCUGGGAUCUCACCUCGAGACCGAUGAGGUUUCGAAGAAGGUUAUCCUGAUAGAGGGACCUCCUUUUGCGAAAGAGCUGUCUGAGAUCAGCGAUCGAUUUCGCGUCGCUUCCUUUGACAAAGUCUUUAGACGAAGAAAGCUCAUCAACAUCAAGCGCAAGGUACCGGACCACAUCACGCCUCCUCCAACCCCGUCACCAAAUUACGCCUCGGCAGCCGCAAAGCCUGUCUUGUCAUCGUCGGCGCAAAGUUCGUCUCAGUCUCAUCGCUCGAUGAGCGUCUCGACACCACCCAGCAGGGGAGUAUACCGGAACAGGGCUGGUCAGCGUGUCGACCCUCCCGUCAGUUAUUCACACCAAGACUUUAUCAUUUUGAAGAGUAAAAAGUUGUGUAACAGUUUCCAUCUCACCGGCAAAUGUUACUACAAAGAGACGUGGGGGAAUUGCAGUCAUGAGCACGGACAAUCCCUGAGUCCAAAAGAGUUGGACGCUCUCCGGGCCGUUGCCCGCCACUCAUGGUGCCGUUCCGGCUCAAACUGCAACGAUCCCAAUUGCGUGUUCGGUCAUCAGUGCCCUCAAGAUGGCUGCAACGGGGCAGGUUGUCGGUACAACUUCCCAUCGCAUUUGCACAAUAUUGAUAAGAAGAUUAUUGAGUAAUCUAUUGCAACUUGUGGGUUGCAAAUGGACUAUUAUUUUGGAAAGGACUAUGUCUCGUUUUGUCACCGCUUGUUCCGUUUGCUAUUCUUGUUGCAAAAUCUGAUUUUCUAGAAUAUAAACGAAAAAC